AUGCUGCCGAAUAACGAGGUCCGCGUGCCCCUGCCGCGAGCGGCUGCGCAGUCGUCUGCGCCGCGCGACAUCACUGCUCAAUUUACGCAAGCCGCCUCAAAACUCCAAGUCGGUCAGCUUGUCAAAGAUGAGUCAUUUACGCUUUUCGAGGCCGUAGGCGCAUUGGAGAUUAUGGACUCCAAGAUGGACAGUGGGUAUAUUGCACCCGGUGAAGAUCAUGCGGAGGCCCUUGAGAUCAAGUACGACUCACGACAAGAUCUAACGGCCGAAGAGGUGGUUGGCCUUAUGGAUCAGCUUCUCUGCCAUGAGAUGGCUUGGCACAUGGGUCAUCCAUUGUCACAAACACUGUUUACAUCGAUUUAUAUCGACAAGCUGUUAUGGCCGACACCGAAAACGAUAGAGGAAGCCCAUUUCGAUCGCGCCCCCAGCGAGAACCGCCUAGUCGAGCUUGUGCUUCGUGCAUAUUGUCUAGCAUUAUUGAAAGCUUGCGACUACGUUCAUGCUCGAGUCGCAUCCGAGUAUUACUAUGAAGAAGAAGACUUUGUCACGCAGCUAUACAACCGCAAUCUGUUGUCCGGGAUCGACUCGUCACAUUUCUAUCGCCUGCUGGACCAAGCGAUUGACUGGGUGGAGAAUCAGGACACGAUUAGAUCAGACUUCAAAGAUGCGAUUCGUAGCCGACUUUGCCUGCGACGGGAGUUCCUCGCCUCGGUUGACCAAGAUCUUGAGAUUCUGGAGACUCAGUCCACAGAAAGUUUUAAAUUGUGUCUGAACCACUUGGCAUCAGUAGCCGACACGGUCACACUUGGGAAACCGGUGCCAGAAGCCUUCAGCCUCAAACUUCAACGGAAGCUCGCCAGUACGGUGCCCCCUCGGCCGAUCGUUCACAUCAAGCAAGAGGCUGCUCUUGAACAAAUGAGACGUCUCUGCCAAGACGCAAUUGACAUGCAACAGAUGCUAGACUACCGGGGCCCUAGCAACUUCAAGACUGCUGUCUGGACGCUGGUCUCACGAAAACCACAGCCAUCUGUCUAUAUUAGAUCACUCCUGCAGGCUUUGAUCAUAAGCGACUCGUCGAUCCUUGGGACUGUCCCUGUGCGAAAAUAUCUGUACGAUGAUCUUGCGGAGCUAGUCUUGCCUGCGAGUAUGCUGCUUCGAGCGAACCUUGAUGAUGUUGAGCUCCCCUCGGAUCCACGGUUCCGGAUUGCUCAAGUCAUGGAUAGCUUCGUGAAGCGCUUCGCCCAGCCUUUUGUCGAUACAAUACGCUCUGCCUGCCUUAACCGCUGUCGUGUUCGCCGUACCGUCUGUCACACGGUAGUCGACUGGGACAAUCUUCAAAUGGAGGCCGAAGAGAUCGAUAUGCAACUUCAGGGUUUUAGUGCGGAACCAGCACUCCAAGUCCAUGGAGGCGAUACUACGUUCUCAUACCCGCUCAGCAGCUGGACGUAUCACCAGAAGCUACUCCAGCUCCGGCUUAUCUUGCAGAUGGGGUUCGAGCUUUCUAUCUAUGCCCCGGAAGAACUUCCCGGCAUAUACUGGUACCUUUCGCACCUCUGCUCCACGCACUUGGGCCAUCUCGACCGCAUUCGCACAUUCACUGUGGCGGCUCGGAAGCGUGACCUCGUGAGUGGCGGUAAUGAUGCCGCAAAGUCGGCGGCGUAUCAUCGAUCAUUAUUACACCUCGAACGACUCACGACUCACAUCAUCGCGAUAGACGCGUUCGCCAUCGCACUUCACGCGCUCUAUGUCCUACUAGCACGUCACGAGGUGCUUCCUUGUGCGGCUAGUCCCCGGGCAUACUCUAGCGACAAGCUCCGCUACGAGCUUCGCAUGAAACCUUUCCUUCCUAUAUCGCUGCCGGAGCCAGUUCCGUUCGAGGAAUUCCGGCGCGAGGCGACUUUGGAAGGCGACUCGGACACUACUGUCUUGGACCGAGCUUCCAAGGCUAUUACGGAAGCUCGCAAGGCGUGGGAGGCCACUCUCGCCAAUGGUGCGUUUAUUGAAGAUGUUGCUUUCUCUUCGACCACGAAAUCGGCUCCUCUUGCUAUCGAGGAAGACUGGCGUCGUGAGAUCAAGGACACGAUGCGAGCUUGCAUCGGAACUAGCAUUGCUAUUGAAACAGUUAGAAAGGCCAUCAUGGGCGCCGCGUCCCCCUCGUCGAGGCAAGAAAAGCUUAGCCUAGAUGUGGUGAUUCCUGAGAUCGGCUCCAAGGCGCGCUGGCACGACUGGUGGGUUGUGCCGCAAAUUUCACCAGGGAAAAUGUCGUUGGCGACUGGAUGA